AUGAGAAUUCCGUUUGGCGGCUCUUGUCCUGCGGGAUCAGUAUCGUUCGUCACCUUCUGCACCCUUCCACCGGACGCCAGCUGGAAGCAGAUCUUCGUCUCGCCCCUUCGAGAAUCCGUCCUUCCGUCCGCCUCGCUGACUUUUAACUUUGUCAUGGUGCGGAGAGGAAGGACCCUCAUUCACCUCUUCGUCCUCUGUCCUGCCAUCCUACCCGCGCUCAACCUUCUCCACGACCUGUUGGGCCGUCUGCCUCCCGACCUUAAUCUCGACUUUAAAUUUGACCUCUGCUGGAUCCUAAUCCCCCACGCCAGGAGUCUGAGCGGUUUUUACAUAUACACCAAGGCAGCGGCACAAGAUUCAGGUGAACAAGCUCGACUAGAUGCCGUCAAGGCAACUGCACCUCCUACUGGCGCCUGUGUUAGAUUUUGGUAUCACAUGCACGGGUCACGCAUGGGGAAAUUGACGGUGUACACAGGUGACGAGAAAGGGGGUCUUGGCCCUUCUCGUUGGUCCAAGAAAGGUGAUUCUGGUGACUACUGGCAGGAAGCAUCGAUAAAUAUCUACCCAGGAAGUGAAUUUCAGAUUACUUUCGUUGGAGAAUGUAGAGCAAGCUAUGGAAAUGAUAUUGCCAUUGACGACAUCGUCGUUUUGGAAAGGCAAUGCAGCUCGUAUGCCUCCUUCUCAGAUCUGAAGUGCGAUUUUGAUUCCAAAUCCUUUUGUGCGUACAACAACAGUCAAAACGAUGACUUCGACUGGAUACUCAAUAGAGGUUCAACGUACACUGGAGUCAGCGGGCCCGAUGUAGACCAUAGCAAAGGAGAUUCGACCGGGUUUUACAUAUACAUCAAGGCAAUGUUACAAAAUCCAGGAGAUCAAGCUCGAUUGGAUGCCGUCAAGGCAACAGCACCUGCUACUGGCGCCUGUGUUAAAUUUUGGUAUCACAUGUACGGGUCAGGCAUGGGGACAUUGAUGGUGUACACAGGAGACGGCAAAGGGGGUCUUGGCCCUUCUCGUUGGUCAAAGAGCGGUGAUUCUGGUAACGUCUGGCACGAGGCAUCCAUUAACAUCGGUUAUGGACUCGAUUUUCAGAUUUCUUUUGUAGGAGAAUGCGGAAGAAACGCGGGAAGUGAAAUUGCUGUUGAUGACAUCAUCGUUUUGGAAGGACAAUGCAACAACAAGGCCACCUUCUCAGAUCUGGAGUGUAAUUUUGAUUUCAACGCUUUCUGUGCGUACAAAAACCACCCAUACAAUGAAUUUGACUGGCAUCUCCACAGCGGUCCAAUAUCAGGCCCUGACACUGGGCCCGAAGCAGACCGUACUACGGGAGAUCCAAGCGGAUUCUUUAUAUACAGCAAGGUAUCGAGAUACAUGCAAGGUGAUCAAGCUCGAUUAGAUGGUGUCAAGGCAACGGCACCUGCUACUGGCGCCUGUGUUAGAUUUUGGUAUUACAUGUAUGGGGGAGACGAGGGGACAUUGACGGUGUACACAGGGGACGGCAGUGGGGGUCUUGGCCCUUCUCGUUGGUCCAGGAAAGGUGAUUCUGGUGACUACUGGCACGAGGCAUGGAUUAAUAUUUACCCAGGAAGUGAUUUUCAGAUUACUUUUGUUGGAGAAGGUUCAUGGGGUUACAGUUGUGACGUGGCGAUAGAUGACAUCAUCGUUCUGGAACGGGAGUGUGACUCAACGGUCCCGCUCUCGGAUCUCAACUGUGACUUCGAACCGGGAACGUUUUGUGCGUACAAAAACAGCCAAAACGACGACUUUGACUGGAUACUCAACAGCGUCGUCUGA